UUUAAUUUCUGUAGAACGCUGUCAAACCUCAAAGAAUGGUUCAAUCGAGGUCGGGGACAAUUGGGCCCAACUUGACGUUCAAUAUAAGUUAGCCAAGUAACUAGCUAGUUAGCUAACUGUACUGCAGUUACCCAUGUAAUAGCCUAGCUAAUUAGCGUAGCUCUGUUAGCUUUGCCAGCUGUGGGCCCGUCUGCUGCUAAUGUUAACAACCUAUGUCCUACAAAGCCUGGCAAGCUAAAGCUUUCCCUGUUUUCCGGGCUUGUUUUUGUUCAAGCAACGCGAUUGGAAUUAUUCGCGAAAGGUGUUAGCUAGCUAGCAAUAACAUGCAUUCAUUCAUUCAUAUUUGCUAUCCUAAUUGUUAUAACUGUUAGCUAACUAGCUAUUUAAUGCUAACUAGUGGCUAGCGUUAGCAUAUCUGACGUGUUGAUGCUGAUGUCACAUGAGCUAACGAGUUGAGCUAGCUGCUGUAACGUCUAUGAAUAGAUAGCUGAUUCUGAUACGUCUCUGCAAUCUGGUACCAGCCUUCUGCCGUAUGGGCUUCCUGUAUAGCGAGAAAGGCAAAGGAAUUGUUGUGAUGUAGACAUGUUAGUUAUUCAACUGGUCGACGUUUUCAUCUGCCGUCAAACGUGAGCUGGUUUCAAUCAGUGGCGGAUUUCUCCACAACCUUGUUAAUGUGACUUCACUUAUCGAUGUUGUCCAAACAAGAUUGACAGUAUAAAAUAGCUACCGAUUGUUACACUAGAUAAUAUGAUUUAACCAAAGAUUUUUGGUAUCCAUUAUUGGGAGUUACAGGAUGGGCACUGACUUUACGACCAACCUUAACGUGUCAACUUGAAUUGAGAACGAAGAUAGUCUUAUCUUCUAAAAUGUCCGUGUCUAGAUGCAGAUGUUGUGUUUGACUUUAGAAAAUGCUCCGUUAAAAUCGUCUUCUUUUUUUGCUCCAUGAAGUAAUCCAACAAUAUGUACACCGCCAUUUUGUCUAUUUCAAAUUAUCUCACUUUGAUCGAGACAGGUGAGCGUCAUUAUGACUGCAGCACUUUGGGGUGGACCCACCUGUCUCCUCUUCUGUUUCUUUGUGUGGCUUUCUGGCAGACUAGACGAUGUGUUGCGUAUUUCUGCCUUAAGCAGGUUUGCCCAUUUGCAACCCCCCCCCAAAAAAAAAGGGACAUGGGAAAACCAUCUAACCCAGCACCUAACAAUAUCUCCAAAACCACCACCCCAUCCCACUACUUUGUCACUAAACGACCCUACACCAGGCCAUUGGCCUGGGCGGCUGGAACCCCUUCUCUCAAAACCUUCCUUUAGAAGUACUAAAAUCUCUCACCCCAAAAUAAUUAUUUGCUGCUGCAACUUUUUUUUACCACAUCUAUCUUCUGCAAUUUCUGCUCCAUCAGCGCAGUGCUGUUUAUCACCAUGACUAUAAACGCAAGAAAUCCAACCUUACUAACACGCAUCCUUUUUGGAUCAUCCUCUUCAGACCUACUCACUCAGGGGCUCCCAGUUGAAUCACUCACCCUUGGGCUACCCUCUGGACAUUCCUGCACAGCAUGCCAAUUGCACGCUCCCUCAACGUUGCGCCUUCACUGCCCUUGCAGGAGGACUUUGUGUAUCACUGGAAGGCCAUCACACAUUACUACAUAGAGACAUCGGAUGACAAAGACCCAGUGACAGACACCAACAUCCCGUCUCAUCUGGAGCUGAUGCUGGACAUCCUGACGCAGGAGGAGUCAGAGAGAGAUUCUGGAGAGACUGGGCCAUGCAUGGAGUACCUGCUGCACCACAAGAUCCUAGAGACCGUCUACACCCUGGGCAAGGCAGAUCAGUGUCCUCCGGGAAUGAAGCAACAGGUCCUGAGUUUCUACACCAAGCUGCUAGGACGCAUUCGCCAGCCUCUUCUGCCCCACAUCAAUGUCCAUAGACCUGUACUGCAUCGACCACAUGACCCUGCUGGAGGGGGUGAUCCUACUGGAGGAGUUCUGCAAGGAGCUGGCUGCCAUUGUCUUUGUCAAGUUCCACACAUCUGCCUCCAGCUCACCCUAACCCAGCUGCCAAGACCAGGCAGGCAAGGCAAGACUGGACCCUCGGGGGGGAAUGGCAAAGAACAGGAUCAACAAACCACUGAUUACUUACCCACUGGUCAUCCCUAUAUAGGUUUUGUCCCAAGGACAUACUGUAAGCAGGACACGUUUCAUCAAAUGUCUCGGGGCUCCACUACAGAGAAAGUAUUUUGCCCCUGCUCUACCCAGUACAGUACAGAACAGUAUGACUGGCCACCGGGGAAGGCACUAGAGUCUUCUUCUCAGGGUGAGGAAGCGGAUGGAUGCAGAAGAGAGGGGACAUCCUCUGGACGGUUUGACCUGGGCUAGGCAGGGCCUGCGGAGUCCCUUCAUGCUCUCUCUCCGUCAUUAUCUUUCUCGCCAGCCAAAACAAGAUGGUAGCCCCUUCACUAUGUGUGUCGAGAGAAGAGGUUUAUUGUGUAUUUGUGCGUGUAUCUAUUUCUGGAUUUCAGAAUGCCUUAGUGUUGGAUUAUUACGACUGUUCAGUUAGUUACUUUUAGGGGAUUGUUUCCUAUUGAAACAUGUUAUCUUUAGCCCACAUGUCUAAUAUAUUCAUAUUCUGUCAGAUUAUCAAUGUCUCAAAAAGUCUGGGUGAAAUAUAGACAAAUUAGCCCAUCUGUUGUUUACCAAAAUCAGGUAAUUUACUCAAUUUGUUUGAAAACAAUUAAAAAGUUGUAUUUAUUUAACUUCA